AUGACCUUAUUGUCACGCCUGAAGCAGCCUUUACAAUCAUCACUAGUCAACUAUAGUCAUGUUCUGAAUCAUCACCGAGGUCAGCAACCAUCAACACCUGCAGUUACCGAGGGUCAGCAACCAUCAACACCUGCAGUUACCGAGGGUCAGCAACCAUCAACACCUGCAGUUACCGAGGGUCAGGAACCAUCAACACCUGCAGUUACCGAGGGUCAGCAACCAUCAACACCUGCAGUUACCGAGGGUCAGGAACCAUCAACACCUGCAGUUACCGAGGGUCAGCAACCAUCAACACCUGCAGUUACCGAGGGUCAGGAACCAUCAACACCUGCAGUUACCGAGGGUCAGGAACCAUCAACACCUGCAGUUAACGAGGGUCAGGAACCAUCAACACCUGCAGUUAACGAGGGUCAGGAACCAUCAACACCUGCAGUUACCGAGGGUCAGCAACCAUCAACACCUGCAGUUACCGAGGGUCAGGAACCAUCAACACCUGCAGUUACCGAGGGUCAGGAACCAUCAACACCUGCAGUUAACGAGGGUCAGCAACCAUCAACACCUGCAGUUACCGAGGGUCAGGAACCAUCAACACCUGCAGUUACCGAGGGUCAGCAACCAUCAACACCUGCAGUUACCGAGGGUCAGCAACCAUCAACACCUGCAGUUACCGAGGGUCAGGAACCAUCAACACCUGCAGUUACCGAGGGUCAGGAACCAUCAACACCUGCAGUUAACGAGGGUCAGGAACCAUCAACACCUGCAGUUAACGAGGGUCAGGAACCAUCAACACCUGCAGUUACCGAGGGUCAGGAACCAUCAACACCUGCAGUUAACGAGGGUCAGCAACCAUCAACACCUGCAGUUACCGAGGGUCAGCAACCAUCAACACCUGCAGUUAACGAGGGUCAGCAACCAUCAACACCUGCAGUUAACGAGGGUCAGGAACCAUCAACACCUGCAGUUAACGAGGGUCAGCAACCAUCAACACCUGCAGUUACCGAGGGUCAGCAACCAUCAACACCUGCAGUUAACGAGGGUCAGCAACCAUCAACACCUGCAGUUAACGAGGGUCAGGAACCAUCAACACCUGCAGUUAACGAGGGUCAGCAACCAUCAACACCUGCAGUUACCGAGGGUCAGCAACCAUCAACACCUGCAGUUAACGAGGGUCAGCAACCAUCAACACCUGCAGUUACCGAGGGUCAGCAACCAUCAACACCUGCAGUUAACGAGGGUCAGGAACCAUCAACACCUGCAGUUAACGAGGGUCAGGAACCAUCAACACCUGCAGUUACCGAGGGUCAGGAACCAUCAACACCUGCAGUUAACGAGGGUCAGCAACCAUCAACACCUGCAGUUACCGAGGGUCAGCAACCAUCAACACCUGCAGUUAACGAGGUUACCGAGGGUCAGCAACCAUCAACACCUGCAGUUAACGAGGGUCAGCAACCAUCAACACCUGCAGUUACCGAGGGUCAGGAACCAUCAACACCUGCCGUUAACGAGGGUCAGGAACCAUCAACACCUGCAGUUACCGAGGGUCAGCAACCAUCAACACCUGCAGUUAACGAGGGUCAGCAACCAUCAACACCUGCAGUUAACGAGGGUCAGGAACCAUCAACACCUGCAGUUAACGAGGGUCAGGAACCAUCAACACCUGCAGUUAACGAGGGUCAGGAACCAUCAACACCUGCAGUUAACCAUCAAACUAACCACCACCCAAAUGAUCAAUUCUACCAGGACUAA